CCCGCUCCGCUCCCCCCCCCGCCGCUCCCCCCGGGGCCGGGCGCGGGACCGCGGCUGGCGGCGGUUCCCCGGCAGCCCCGCCAUGGCUUUCGCGAAUUUCCGCCGCAUCCUGCGCCUCUCCACCUUCGAGAAGCGGCGCUCCAGGGAGUACGAGCAUGUCCGCCGCGACCUGGACCCCGGCGAGGUGUGGGAGGUGGUGGGGGAGCUGGGCGACGGCGCCUUCGGCAAGGUCUACAAGGCUAAGAAUAAGGAAACCGGUGCUUUAGCAGCUGCCAAAGUCAUUGAAACAAAGAGUGAAGAUGAACUGGAGGAUUACAUGGUGGAGAUAGAAAUACUGGCGACCUGUGAUCACCGGCACAUCGUCAAGCUGCUGGGAGCGUUUUAUUGGGAUGGCAAGCUCUGGAUCAUGAUUGAAUUCUGCCCAGGCGGGGCGGUGGAUGCCACCAUGCUGGAGCUGGACCGGGGCCUGACCGAACCUCAGAUUCAAGUGAUUUGCCGCCAGAUGUUGGAAGCCCUUCAUUACCUCCACAGCAAAAAGAUCAUCCACCGUGACCUGAAGGCAGGCAACGUGCUCCUCACCCAGGAUGGGGACAUCAAGCUCGCUGAUUUUGGAGUGUCUGCCAAAAACAUGAAAACCUUGCAGAAGCGAGACUCCUUCAUUGGAACUCCUUACUGGAUGGCCCCGGAGGUGGUGAUGUGCGAGACCAUGAAGGACACUCCGUAUGACUACAAGGCAGACAUCUGGUCCCUGGGAAUCACACUGAUCGAAAUGGCCCAGAUUGAGCCGCCCCAUCACGAGCUCAACCCCAUGAGAGUCCUGCUGAAGAUUGCCAAGUCCGACCCCCCCACGCUCAGCUGCCCUUCCAAAUGGUCCCUGGAGUUCAGAGACUUCCUGAAGACAGCGCUGGACAAGAACCCGGAGACCCGGCCCAGUGCCGCCCAGCUGCUGGAGCAUCCCUUUGUCAGCAAAGUGACCAGCAACCGGGCCCUGCGUGAGCUGGUGGCUGAGGCCAAGGCCGAGGUGAUGGAAGAGAUUGAGGACAGUCGGGAUGAAGCAGAAGAUGACGACUCUUCAGAGUCUGCCUCGCCCCCUGGUAAGCACAAGCGGGACCCCUCUGAGGCGAGUCAGCUGAGUUUUGAUGGGGAGAAGCCUCCAGACUCUUCCUUGCCCAAGGCAGUGAACGGGCCUGUGGGGUCUGGCAAGGAGACGACAGAUGGACAGAGCGAUAAAGUCUCAGAUGAAGGGACAAGCAGUGACAAUGACAAACUGGAGAGCAACCACUCCACAAAACCCCUUGCCAGCUCUGCCACCUUGGCCACCCAGGGCAAGCCAGACAUCAUCUCGCAGCCUGAACGGCGUAGUAACUCAAUGGAGAGGGACAAGAAUCCUGGACCAGGCAGCAAGGAGCGGAAGAGCAUUGGGGAACGGCCGGAGAGCAGCCACCUGGAGAACUUCAUGGAGGAGAAGCUUGCCAACGGGAGUUUGGAGCCCCCAGCUCCAUUCCCCAGCAGCCGGUCCAAAGGGGAUUCGGAUUCUGGCAGCACUUCAGCCUCUGAAAGCAUGGACCUCACCAUGUCUGCUGACCUGUCCCUCAACAGAGAGAGUGGCUCCAUCUCCCUGAAGGAUUCCCGGAUGCACAAGAAGACACUGAAACGCACACGCAAGUUUGUGGUGGAUGGAGUAGAGGUGAGUGUCACCACCUCGAAGAUCAUCAGUGAGGAUGAGAAGAAGGAUGAAGAGAUGAGAUUUCUCAGGCGCCAGGAGCUGCGGGAGCUGCGUCUCCUUCAGAAGGAGGAGCACCGAAACCAGGCCCAGCUCAACAGCAAGCACCAGCUGCAGCUGGAGCAGAUGCUCAGGCGCUUCGAGCAAGAAAUGACGACAAAGAAGAAGUUCUAUGACACUGAACUGGAAAACCUCGAACGGCAGCAGAAGCAGCAGAUUGAGAAGAUGGAACAAGAUCACUCGCUGCGCCGGCGGGAGGAGGCCAAGCGCAUUCGCCUGGAGCAGGAGCGGGACCAUGUCAAAUUCCUGGAGCAGCUGAAGCAGAUGAAGAAGGAGGUCAAGAACGAGGUUGAGAAGCUGCCACGGCAACAGCGGAAAGGGAACAUGAAGGUGAAGAUGGAUGACUUUGCCCAGAAAAAACAAACCAUGGAACAGGAGUUUUUGGCCAAGCAGAAGGAGGACCUGGAGCUAGCCAUGAAGAAUAUAACCUCCCAGAACAAAAGAGAGAUCUGUGACAAGGAACGCGAGUGCCUGAACAAAAAGCAGCAGCUCCUGAGAGACCGAGAGGCAUGCAUCUGGGAUCUCGAAGAGCAUCAGCAACAGGAGAAGCACCAGCUUGUCAAGCAGCAGCUAAAGGACCAGUAUUUUCUCCAGAGGCAUGAGUUGCUCCGGAAGCAUGAGAAGGAAAGGGAGCAAAUGCAGCGAUACAACCAGCGCAUGUUAGAGCAGCUGAAAAUUCGGCAGCAGCAGGAGAAAGCCCGACUCCCCAAAAUCCAGCGGAGCGAAGGGAAGACACGCAUGGCCAUGUACAAGAAGAGCCUUCACAUCCACUCCAGUGGGAGUGCAUCCGAGCAGCGGGAAAAGAUAAAACAGUUUGCUCAGCAGGAAGAGAAGAGGCAAAAAGCAGAGCGGCUGCACCAGCAGCAGAAGCACGAGACGCAGAUGAAGGACAUGCAGGCCCAGUGCGAGAGCAACACAAACGAGCUCCAGCAGCUGCAGAAUGAAAAGUGUCACCUCCUGAUUGAGCAUGAAACCCAGAAGCUUAAGUCCCUGGAUGAGAACCACAACCAGCACAUGAAGGAGUGGCGCGACAAGCUGAGGCCACGGAAGAAGGCCCUGGAGGAUGAGCUGAAUCAGAAGAAGCGUGAGCAGGAGAUGUUCUUCAAGCUGAGCGAGGAGGCAGAUGGACAGACACCUGCAUCCCCAACCAAACACGCCAAGUUCGUCCUAUUCAGCUCCGCAGAGAGCUCGUAACACCCUGCAGCUGGCAGGCCACCAGCUGGUACCUGCUGUGUCCUCCUGGGCAGCAGGUGGGCAACUUGGACUUGGAAGAUCCUCUCGGCAGCCUCUUCUUACAACAGCACCCUCCUGUCCCCUCACUCUGUCUGGGAUAAAUGUGGCCUCUGUCCUGCACUGGGGAUGCUGGCUGGAAGUUUUGGUGGCUUUUCCAGGAGCUGGCCCGCCCAGCACAGCUCCAGGCUGGGACGCCCGGCAGGACCCUUUCUGCGAUUGUACUUGCACUGUUUGCUGGAUGCGUCGCCUCUCACGUGAGCCUGGUGCUCAGUGGGCUUGUCAGCUUGAAGUAAAGCAAUAACUGCUCUGAACAGGAGCAACAGGCGAUGGCUCCUGCCCUCCGAGUAGGGGUUAUCAGCCUCUCUUUCCACUGUUGCUGCUCCUCUUCCCAGUCCUCUGUAAGGACUAGUCUAGGGCAGAGCAGCUUUGGAGUUGUCUUAGGCUAACCUUGGCCUUGUGGCCUCCCCAUACUUCCCUUAGAUGCAUUUCUGUCUACUGUGGCCCUUUUUUGCUUAAGGGAGAGACAGUGAUUUGGAUAUUUUUGCCUUUGAAGAGGGAGGCUUGGGUUUUUUCUUUCCUCUUCCUCCCCAUAUGCAGAAAGGGGAUGUCCUUCCAAAAAUGCUUCUGCUUCUUCAUUUGCUGUGAUUGCUGGCACCACACUCCCUCUGGCACCUAGCUAUCACUAUCUUUUCAGAGACUGCACUAUGGCGUAAUUAAACUGUUCAGCUGGCUGCAGAUUUUUGUCUCUUAAAGAAGUGUAUGUGUGUGUGUGUAGAGGGGGAGGUUUGUAACGGUGCUCAGUCUCGUGGUUGACACAGUGAGGUAUUGGUCACAGUCAUGCGCCUUCUGCUAAGGACAAGUUUGGGGCUGAAGGGUGUUACUUCUGGAGCCCUCAUGAUCACACAUGUGCUUGAGAUCUUUUUUAAAGUGUUACAUAUGUGUGGGCCAUGGGGGUCAGCCAGCUUGGCCACUCUGCAGUCAGAGUUACAGGCUGCAAAGCAUGAUUUGGAAGGAAUAAAGGAGUCUUGAAACAAGGGAUGCAAUGGAAGAAGAGAUGCAAAGACAGGUCAUGAUAGCUUGUUACUCUCAGCAUUGCUUUCUCCACUGAUGUCUCAUCUCCUUAUGAUGUGCCACAGUUUCAUGGAUGAUUCUCCUGGCAUUCAGCUUGGAGUCACACUGCAGGGCAGCAGCACAUCCAGCCCUCUGUUCUUUCUGCUCCAUGGUGAUGUGUCUCUGUUGGGCUGCCUUCCUCCACCUGCACGAGGCAGUGCUUGGCUGAGCGGCUCGGUAGGAUGCAGAGCACAGACCUGGGUAGGGGGACAGAGACCUCACGGGGCAGCACCUUCUUCUUUACACAACCAAAAGGUGUAAGGUAGCACUUAAGGUUUUCCCUCUGUUGCUCUCUGGACAACAUUGUUUGUUUUAGGCCUGCUUCCCUAUCAGGAAAAAAUGUUUCUGUUAAAAAAAAAAAAAAAAAAAAAAAGUUGUUUUAAAGUCUUGUAUGUUGAUUUAGAGACAUACUGGCAUUUCAGAAAAAAAGUGGUAUGUGAUGUGCUACAUUUCUAGGUACCUAGCUGAAGGAGUCAGCCCCCAGGCCCUUAACACCUCUUUAUAUGAGAUAAAGUACACUAUUUCCUACCCCUUUACAGUCUACAAUACAUAUUUAUAAGCUUCCUGCAAACUAGCAAGACUACAUCCAUUUGGGCCAUUCCAAGCUUCUGAAUCCACACCAUUAAUGUCUCUAUUUAUAAAGAUAGCCUAGAUGGACAUUUCAGGGCUGGGACCCUUUGCAAACAGACUGCUUAUCAGCUUUUCAGUAACUAGCCUGUCCUCCUAGGAAGACUGCCUGUCCCGUUGAUUGUGCCUUUCAGAUGCGAUAGUGCCAGGAUGGGAGCUGAUGUAAAAUUAACGAAUGCAGAAGGUUGUUCCUGAACCAGGACAAUGCUGGUUUGAGCCUUUUAAUUGCAUUAGAAAUGUGUUUUAUCAGCCCCGGUGGUUUUAUUCCUGGUCCCAUGGGGGUCAGGCUGGAGCUAUUCUAUGAAAUGGUUGUUGUCACAGACAUCAGUACCUGGUGCAUGUUCUUCACAUGUUACAUGUGACUUGCAGAAGGAUGUCCUGCAGCAUACUGUUCAUCCAGCUGAAGGGCAUUGCCGCCUCCACCAGCCCAGGGAGUGACAGCUCUCUCUGGAUAUUGUGUAGCCAUGAGGAAGGAGACUAUUUCUGGGGGCUUUUAAAGAGCUAGUGUGAUGCCCCCAUGAUACAUCGGUUGUCCCUUUCUCCAGUUCAGCUUAUUUGCAGCCUGGAGCUACCAACAUAGUUUUGCUUUUGCUAACAGGGAGUGGGAAUGGUUUUGUCCCCUGCUUCUUCCCUGUUCUCUCUUCCCUCUCCAGGUAUGCCAGGGCUCCAGUACUGUCGCCCUCCUAGAAGAGGGCAGGGCAGUACAUCUUUUGAUCGUCAUGUUUACAGGGUGGUUUUUCUUUGCCCCCUUUCAAAAGAGGAUGUUUUUGUUGUUUCCUGUUCAGAAUGAACCAUGAAUAAACCCAGCUUGUUUUUGAGGGGGGAUGGGAUGCCAUUGUUUUCUAAAUGUGGCUUUGAAUAAAAAGGUUUUUUUAAUAUUUCAUCUUCAGUGGGGCCACCACUGUGAUGUAAAGACCCUUCUAAUAAAGUAACAGACUGAGAAA